GCACUUCCGGACGAAUUCACGAGAAGUUAAUCAUCUGAGCCUAGCAAAGUUCAUACAAGCUACACUAGCUUCGAGGCGGAUUUAAGAGCUUCAAAUUUUAGUGUUCAGUUGAGGAUGUAUGCCCGCUCCUCAAUAAUCACUCUUCGUGAGUAUAUAUAAUCGCUCUCUUUCUUCAUCUCCUAUACAUUUGCAUGCUCGGAUCAAUCCACAGAGUCAGUCGAUCUACUUUACUCUCAUCUAAACUAAAAGUAACAUUUCUCAAUUCCUCUGCAUUCUAUCCAACAUUCUCAAAUAUGUCUUCCCGCUAUGUCGAAGCCCACAAGAACACCAAAGGCCCCGGCGAUGCCCGUCCUACCGCCCUCCAGAUUGUUAAAGACAAUGGCCUCGAAGGCAAGAUGGAGGGCAAAGUCGCCUUAGUCACAGGAACCUCCUCUGGCAUCGGCAUCGACACCGCUAAAGCGCUGAAAGCGACUGGUAUGCAUGUCUUCGCUGCAGCUCGCAAUCUCGAGAAAGCCAAGAAAGCAUUGGGGGAUAGUAUUGAACCGGGCCGCCUCGAGCUCAUUGAACUUGAUAAUAACUCUCUCGAAAGCGUGCGCAAGUGCGCAAAGGAAUUUCUCCAAAGGAGCGACAAGCUUAAUAUCCUGAUCAACAACGCGGGUAUUAUGGCGACCCCGGAAGGCCGCACCGAAGACGGCUUCGAACUUCAGUUCGGCACUAACCACCUCGCACACUUCCUGCUCUUUCAGCUCCUCAGGGACACCAUGCUGAAGUCCGCCACUCCAGAAUUCGGAUCUCGCGUCGUAAACGUCUCUUCCACCGGCCACCGCUACAGCCAAGUGCAAUUCGAAAACCUCAACCUCGAAGGCAUCUACGACCCUAGAAAGAGCUACGGGCAAUCUAAGCUAUCAAACAUCUACAUGGCUAACGAAAUCGAGCGCCGUUACGGGUCGAAGAACCUGCAUGCCUUUUCUUUGCAUCCGGGAGGCAUCUGGACUGGUCUGCAAAUCCACACUCCAAAGGAGCAGAUGGACCAGUGGGCUGCCAAUCCAGCGGUUCAAGAAUACAUGAAGUCUACGGAACAGGGCGCUGCGACGACGAUAUGGGCCGCGCUGGAUAAGGAGUUGGAGGGCAAAGGGGGCCUGUAUCUGGAGGAUUGCCAAGUCUCCCAGCCAGUGAAGCCUGGGUAUUCGCUUCUAGAUACUGGCUACGAAUCGUAUGUUUAUGAUGAAGAGAAGGAAGGAAGGCUUUGGAAGGUGUCGAACGAGUUGGUUGGAGUGAAGGAGAAUUAGGAAUUUCUCUAAGAGUGUACCCAGUGGAGCUUCGGUCUUGUUUCCUUACUGCAAUUAGAUGUAGA